AAAUAUGAUAAAAUUGAGUUAACCCCUUAAGGGCUGUUGUCUCAAAUUUGUGACAAACCAAAUAAGCUGUAAAAUUACCUAAAUGUUACAUUUAUUUAAAAGUAAAACUAUACGUAAACAUCUUUUUUCAUUGCUGGGAAUACAUUUAGGUGUUAAAGUUACACAUUGCACAAUAGAUUUUGGAUUUAAAAUUAAAUUGAGCUGCUUCAUGUUGGGGCCUUUGGAUCAUUUUUGACCCGUAGGAUAAGGGGAGUAAACAUUUUUUUGUUUAAGAUAAAAAAAAAAAAAAAAAAAAAGAUUUGUCAUUUGGUGUUCAAGCAAAGCCAUAGUUGUCUGACUUCAUAACAAACAAACAAUAAUGAAAGAAACAAAAAAAAUACGCAAGACAUUUAUUUUUUGUAAAACUGAUUCAGCUAAAAAAAAAAAAUUGCACGUUUUUUUUUUUUUUUGAAAAGUAUGAAGAAAGGAGGAAACACACAGACCAAUCAGAGAGCGUCGGUCCUGUUCCCUUUAAAACAGUUGUCCGUGCCACGCCCACUCUGAAAUCCCCACUCACUCUCACUCCAAGUCUUAUUUUAGUUCCACAAGGAUCCAUUCACAAAUCCACUAAUGUGCGUUGAUGAGCACGCGUACACUGCGGGGUGGUGAUUAGUGGAUGGAUCAGCGCGCGCGCGCGCCGAUCGCCUCUCAGCCACUUCUGAUCAACUUGUUGCGCAGCUGCUAUUUCUGACCUCCUCCGUGGUCCACGUUUGGUGCUGCUGACCCACUCUUAUUGUGGAUGAAGAUCGGAGGAAGCGCCUCGCCUUCACCGUGGAUUUAACCCCGCUUUUUUACUAUGACCGAACGGACGGGGGAUGCGAGUCAUGAGCUGGACCCGUCCUUGUCCCGGACCGGACUGGAUCAGCCUCCUCUGCCUCGCUUUACUCCUGUGGACCAGGCGCGUCAACGGGCUCUCUGACUUUUCAAACUACCUGUCCAGGAUCCUCACCAGCCACUCCGCCCACGCCUGUGACGGGACGCCCCUGCGGCUCCACUGCCCUCGCCAUUCCACCAUCUCCAUCCAGUCGGCCUUCUAUGGGAGCGGUGAGGUGUGGCCGUGUAGAGUAGAGCCUCCACUCAGAGCCCACAACCACAGCUGUGCAGCUUUUACCGCUCUACAGAAGCUCUUAUCAGAGUGUCAGAGCCACAGAGACUGCCAGCUGCCGGUAAAUCAUCUGCUGUUUGGGAAGGACCCCUGCCCUGGUACCACCAAGUACCUCCAUGUGGAAUACAAGUGCAAACCUGCUGAACACAAACGACUGUUGGUAUGUGAGGGAGAGACCAUGGUCCUGCACUGCAAGCCCCCCAGGGUGCUGAACAUCUAUGCAGCUGUCUACGGCAGACGUCUGGGUCAGACAGACACCUGCCCCUCUCCCCUCUCAAGACCACCCCCGUUUGAGUGCUUGAACCAUGAGGCCCUGCACAUGGUGUCCGAGUCCUGCUACAGCAAACAAAAGUGUGCCGUUACCGUCGGCAACCAAACCUUUAGGGACCCUUGCUUUCCAGGAACCAGGAAGUACCUCAGUGUUCUCUAUUCUUGUGUCCCACAGACUUUAUUAAAGGAGGCAGAUCCAAGCUUUUUAAGCUCCACCCCCUUUCCAAGCACGAAAAAAGACCUGGGAGAGCCGUCCUCCAAAGGGUCGGGCAGGCCAGAAAACUCAGGAGCAAUGAUGAGCAACUCCCUCCUAACAUACACCUACAUCAGAGAGCACCCAGAAAUGGCGGCUCUGCUCUUCACGUCCAGCGUGUGCGUCGGCCUUCUCUUUACACUGCUGGCUCUGUCGGUGCGCGUGACCUGCAGAGGGCGACAGCUCAGAGGUCGCCAGGUCACAACAAGCAAGCCUGGAAGCCCGGCUGUUUGUUGUGAAGACAAUGAGGAUGGAGACGAAAAGGAAGAUGAAACCGUCACCGAGGGUUCUUUACUCUCCGCUGCAGAAAGGACGGACAUAAACAGUUGGGAGGACGCGACUUAUGUGAGUGAAGCAGCUGAACUGGCUGAGAGGAUCGAACGGCGAGAGAUGAUCAUUCAAGAGAUUUGGAUGAACUCUUACCUGAACGGCAGCUCCUGUUAAUCCCCAUUUCUUCUGGAUAUUCCACAGCAUGUUAUGGAUUCACGCCAUAAAAACCUUUUUAUUUUGUACAGCGGCUCUCAUUUUCCUAAAUAUUGUAAAUUAUUUUGCAAAAUUCAUAGCAAAGUUUUAUAAAAACAUAUAUUACCAGUUGGAAUACUUUAUUAUGUAAAGGUUAAUUAAAAAAUAAUUUAAAUAUUUAUCUUGGUUUGUUUCCACUCCAACGGCAUAUUAGUGUCACCAUAACAAAAAGAAAAAUUAACAUGUAUGAGAAUAAAGUUGUAAAAAUAAUAAAAAUAAA